AUGAGUGACCUCUUUGACCUUGACGUUCAAAAGGCUCGGCUCUCCCGCCGUAGCCAAGCCACGCAUCCAGACGAGCCAACACUUCCGCCUCUCACCACCCUCCGCGCCGCAGAAUCUACGCUGCCAGACCCAAACUCUGCGGGCUAUUUGUCCGGCGGGUCGCAAGAAGAUACCGUCAAGCACAUCGUGCGCGAUAUCAUACCCGCCCUAAACGGUCAAGGCCUCUCGCCUCACUACUACGGAUUUGUGACCGGUGGGGUCUUGCCCAUCGCCGAAUGGGCCGAUAAUGUUGUUUCUCGCAUGGACCAGAACGUGCAGGUGCAUCUACCGGACCAGACCAUCGCGACGGCCCUAGAAGAUGCGACGUUGAAGAUGAUCAUUUCACUCUUGAGACUCGGAGAUGCGGAGGCAUGGAAGGGAAGAACGUUCACGACAGGUGCGACUGCGAGUAACGUGCUGGGAUUAGCGUGCGGGAGGGAAGCACUUCUCGCGAAGAGACUGGGAUCAGGGGAAAGUACCGGCGAAUUGGGGCUACUGGGCGCAUGCUUAAAAGCGGGCGUGACGGAGGUGCAGGUUCUAACUAGCGGCGGGCAUAGUUCUCUGAGCAAAGCCGCCAGUAUAGUCGGGCUCGGAAGACGCUCGGUGAAGGAGCUGCGGGCGGGUGAAGACGUGCCAUGGCGACUCGAUCUCGUGGCCUUUGAGCGGGAGCUGCAGAAGACGGGUACGCUGAGUAUCAUUUCAAUAAGCGCUGGGGAAGUGAACACUGGCCGAUACGGAGUGAAUGGAGUUGAGGAGAUGAGAAGAGUGAGAGAAUUGGCGGACAAGUAUGGAGCCUGGAUCCAUGUCGAUGGCGCUUUCGGUAUAUUUGCUCGUGCUCUAGAGGCCAAGCCAGAGUAUAAAGUUGUCAGGGAAUACGCAGAGGGCCUCGAACUUGCUGAUAGUAUCACGGUAGAUGGACACAAGUUACUCAACGUACCAUACGAUUGUGGUAUGUUCUUCACCAAAUCACCCGAAGUCUUGCAAUCCGCCUUUGUCAACCCGAACGCCGCCUAUCUCGCGUCUGGGUCCCAAGCGAGCAUCCCUUCGCCGUUGAACAUUGGUAUCGAAAAUUCGCGACGGUUCCGCGCCCUGCCUGCUUAUGCUGUGCUUUUGAGUGAGGGUCGAUCGGGAAUUUCGAGCCUCUUAUCAAACAUGACGGACCUCUGCCGACGGGUCGCUGGAUUCAUUCAGCAAUCAGAGCAUUAUGAACUAUUGCCCGACGAACAGGCUCCCCUUGAUGAGAUAUUCAUGAUUGUCCUGUUCCGAGCAAAGAAUAAGGAAUUGAACGGUGUUCUCGUUCAAAAGAUCAAUGAUACAAGAAAAAUAUACGUAAGUGAGACGAAGUGGAAGGGCGAGAAGGCGGUGCGGAUAGCGGUGUCGAAUUGGAUGGUGAAUGUGUCCAGAGACUUCGAUGUGAUCUCAUCGACCUUGAAUGCGGUUGCAGAUGGGAAUGGAGACGAUUGA